AUGGCUCCCUCCGUUACCAGCAACAUGACAACAACCGACCCCAUGCCACCGAGCACUCCGCCCCAAAAAAGAGCAGCAACCUCCUCGACAACACAGCCUCAGAACUCUCAUCUCUGGACAGAGCCGAGCUGCGACUCGCCGACACAUACAGCUCUCCGGACGUCUACGUACGACUGGAUUGCGCGACCAGGUGACUAUGUGGUUGAGAAUCCCGGAACAAUCCAUACCCUGCAUAUGGGCAAGGGUGCUGAAGUCAUCUUCACUGUUUCGGGCAGCUUGGAGUAUUUUCAUGAUGAUGAUAGCUUGAAGAACACGAUGGCCCUGUUUAGUUAUGCACAUCUGUACUAUGAAUAUUGCAAGGGGAAGGGAAUCAAGCCGAAUGAUGGGCUUUGGUACUAAAUUUAGGGUUUUGAAAGUACAGAGUACAGUCUAGCCAAUCAAACCUUCGU